GAUUUCACACAGAUAUAUAAAGUAGGGGAACCAAAACGUAGUGGACUACGGGUUUAUUACCAUUUCGAAAGCUCUACAGUAGACUCAUACACGGUGUAGAUAUAAGUGACAUGUCCUGUUCAGACUAAACCCCAGACGCAGAUCAGUGCAUUUCCCGCAAACUUGCGCUUUUCGUGGAUUCAGUCGACUUUCUUGGAUUUUUGCAUGUGAGAUAUCGGUAUUUUUAUAUCCACUUUAGCCUGAUCUUUAUUUUUAUGUCUUCUGGAUAGCGUUGUGUGUCGCUGUAUAACUUAAAAACCUCCGUUUUUCGCUUUCGCUUUUCUCUCGGUAUCUAUAUCGAUGUUAAAGACGUACACUAAAUGAUUUUUUUUGGCAGAACAUAUAUGUGUUUUCCUUUUUUUUCUCAGAGGAUAAUUUCCCUUUUUAGGAUUUCAUUUUAACAGGAGUUAUGAUACUCAGGACCAUUCAUAUCUUGCUCCCAAUGCUGUUACUGAGUACAACAGCAAUACCACAAGGAGGCCAAGUGGACGAUGAAUCCAGUUUUAACUUGUUUGAGAUGAGCAACAUCACCAGAAAGACAAUUGGUGCUAAAGUCUUCAAGGCCCAUGACUGGGAUUCUCCAGCAUACCGCUUCAUACGCUUUGACCACAUUCCUCCAGUCAGCUCCCCAGUCCUCCAGCAUCUCCUAAGUCAGAUCCACAACAACAAUGGCUUUGUGUUUAUGGCUUCCAUACGUCAGGAUCGGUCUUCUCGUGGUACCCUUGUGAGCUUAGAGGGGUCUGAUAGACAUCGAUAUUUCGAGAUCAUCUCUAAUGGACGUGCCAACAGUCUGGACCUAGUCUACUGGAUAGAGAGCACUCAGAAUAUAAUAUCAUUUGAGGAAGUGGAUCUAUCAGACUCACAGUGGAAGAAUAUCACAUUGCAUGUGCAUGGAGAGAAUGCCAACCUCUAUGUGGACUGCAGCCUCAUCGAUAGCCUCACCUUGGAUGAGUCUUUUUAUGAGCACUUGCAAGCCAAGGGCAGUCGCAUGUAUGUGGCAAAGGGAGCAAACAGGGAGAGCCAUUUCAGGGGUUUGUUGCAGAAUGUUUAUUUCAUCUUUGACACACCCAUUGAAGAUAUUCUGAGAAAAAGGGGCUGUGAGAUUCCCAAACCUGUUGACAACUACAUGGUAAGCGAAGUUGAAGACAUCAUGGAAGUCAGUCAAGCCAUCUCCACUAACUUUAUCAGGCAAAACAUGGAGGAAGUGGACAUUUGUGAGCACUCCUGUGAGCAGCUCAGCUCCAUGGUACAGGAGCUGAAGGGACUCCGCAUAGUGGUCGGAAACCUAAUGGACGGCCUACAGAAAGUGGGUGAGGAAAACACAGUCAUGAAGAAAGCUCUGGGCAACUUGAAGAAUACCAAACACAACCGUAUGUGCUGGCAAGAUGGCCGCUUGUUUGAAGAUAAAGAGGACUGGGUGGUGGAUAGCUGCACCAAAUGCACUUGUCAGGAAUCGAAGGUUGUGUGCCACCAGAUUACUUGUCCUCCUGUGGCCUGUGCCAUUCCUGUUUUCCUGGAAGGAGAGUGCUGUCCAAUGUGUUUGCCCAAAGACAGUGAGGACGGUUGGUCACCCUGGUCUGAGUGGACAGAAUGCACAGUCACAUGUGGGACAGGCACCCAGCAGAGAGGCAGGUCAUGUGAUGCGACCAGUAACCCCUGUAAUGGUCCUUCUAUCCAGACGCGCACAUGCAUGUUGGCUAAAUGUGACAGCAGAGUUCGUCAGGAUGGGGGAUGGAGUCUGUGGUCUCCUUGGUCAUCGUGUUCAGUAACAUGUGGUGAAGGCCACAUUACCAGAAUCCGCCACUGCAACUCUCCAGUGCCCCAGUUAGGGGGGAAGGAAUGUGAAGGAAGUGGCAGAGAGACCCAACGUUGUGACACCAAGCCCUGCCCUAUUGAUGGAAAAUGGGGCCCAUGGUCCCCGUGGGCAGUAUGUUCAGUGACAUGUGGUGGAGGAGUGCAGAGUCGAAUCCGUGUGUGUAAUAGCCCUCCUCCACAGUAUGGAGGAAAACCGUGUUCAGGAGAAGCUGAACACACAGGGAUAUGCAACAAGCAGGACUGCCCUGUUGAUGGCUGUCUAUCUAAUCCCUGCUUUGGAGGGGUGGAAUGCACCAGCACACCUGAUGGCUCAUGGGAAUGUGGGCCUUGCCCCACUGGUUUCAAAGGAAAUGGAAUAUUUUGUGAAGAUGUCAAUGAGUGUGAUCUGGUGCCUGAUGUAUGCUUUAAAGUCAGUGGAAAACAGCGCUGCGUGAACACUGACCCAGGAUUCCAUUGCCUUCCUUGUCCUCCUCGUUACAAAGGCAACCAACCGUUUGGCAUGGGAAUGGAAGUAGCCAGGAACAAUAAGCAGAUAUGUGAACCUGUAAACCCUUGCAAGGACAAGACCCAUAGUUGUCAUAGGUUUGCUGAGUGCAUCUACCUUAGCCACUUCAGUGACCCUAUGUAUAAAUGUCAGUGUAAGAUUGGCUAUGCUGGAGAUGGGUUUAUCUGUGGAGAAGAUUCUGAUCUGGAUGGUUGGCCUAACCAGAACUUGGUGUGUAGAGCUAAUGCCACCUACCACUGCAAGAAGGAUAAUUGCCCCAGCCUUCCCAAUUCUGGCCAGGAGGACUUUGACAAGGAUGGCCAAGGAGAUGCAUGUGACAAGGACGAUGACAACGAUGGAAUCAUGGAUGAACGAGACAACUGCCCUCUGCUGUUCAAUCCCAGGCAGUUUGAUUAUGAUAAAGAUGAUGUGGGUGAUCGGUGUGAUAACUGCCCAUAUGACCACAAUCCAGCUCAAAUAGAUACUGAUCACAAUGGGGAAGGAGAUGCCUGUGCUGUGGACAUUGAUGGGGAUGGCAUCCUAAAUGAAAAUGACAAUUGUCCAUAUGCAUACAACAGUGAUCAGAAGGACAGUGAUGCAGAUGGAGUGGGAGACCAGUGUGACAAUUGUCUUUUGCUUCCUAACCCUGAUCAGCUUGAUGCAGAUAAUGACCUUGUAGGAGAUCAGUGUGACAACGGUCACGAUAUUGAUGAGGAUGGCCAUCAGAACAACCUGGACAAUUGCCCUUACAUUCCUAAUGCCAACCAGGUAGAUCAUGACAAGGAUGGACAAGGAGAUGCGUGUGACUUUGAUGAUGAUAAUGAUGGAAUUCCUGAUGACAAAGACAACUGCAGACUGGUAGCCAACAAAGAACAGUUGGACUCAGAUGGUGAUGGUCGAGGUGAUGCCUGCCAGGACGAUUUUGAUAAUGACAGCAUCCCUGACAUUUUAGACAUGUGCCCAGAGAACAAUGCUAUAAGUAUAACCGACUUCAGGAAGUUCCAGAUGGUGCAUUUGGAUCCCAAAGGGACCACUCAAAUCGAUCCCAACUGGGUAGUCAGGCAUCAGGGCAAAGAACUGGUCCAGACUGCCAAUUCAGACCCUGGAAUUGCAGUAGGCUAUGAUGAGUUCAAUGCUGUGGACUUCAGCGGCACCUUCUAUGUGAACACAGACAGAGAUGAUGACUAUGCUGGCUUUGUGUUUGGUUACCAGUCAAGUGGUCGUUUCUAUGUGGUUAUGUGGAAACAGAUCACCCAAACAUACUGGGAAGAGAAGCCAUCAAAGGCCUUUGGAAUCUCAGGUGUCUCCCUCAAAGUGGUUAACUCUACCACAGGCACAGGGGAAAACUUACGCAAUGCCCUCUGGCACACCGGUGACACCCCUGGCCAGGUUCAAACAUUGUGGCAUGAUCCUAAGAACAUAGGCUGGAAGGACUAUACUGCAUAUAGGUGGCAUCUCAUUCAUAGACCUAAGACUGGAUUUAUCAGGGUUGUAGUAUAUGAAGGGAAACAGAUCAUGGCAGACUCAGGGCCAGUCUUUGACAAGACGUUUGCAGGAGGAAGACUGGGAUUGUUUGUCUUCUCGCAGGAACUGGUGUUCUUUUCUGACCUUAAAUAUGAAUGUCAAGAUAACUGAACAAGGCAAGUCAUGGUUACUAAGGAUUACUUUCAGCUCAAUGAAAUGCCUGUAUGUGAAAUGAAAUGAAUUUCGAUGGAACGAAAAUUCACACAGGACAUGGAAAAUAGCACCACUUUUACACCUCCUUUACAACCUCAAAAUCAACACCCAUAAAAAAAUACAAUCAUUUUUCUCACACCAGUCUUGAGCACAUGAAGCAUUUUUGUUUUGUUUUAGAUCUAUUUUUCUGUGCUAUAUGGUUCUACGUGCCACUGAAAACAAAACAUAUAAAUAUGCUUUCAUGUUGUAUUCACAAUAUGUAUCAUUAAAUUAUUCAUAAACUAGUCAUCUAAUAAACACCUGAAUAACACUUCAAAUGUGUUUUUUUUUUCUCGAGUCAGUGUUAUGUUUAGACGUUCACUUUCCCAGCAGGAUAACUGCUUUGUGAGAUUUUAUUAAUCUCAGGGGCAAAUAUUCAAUAGCCUUUUGAGUUUAUAGUGCCAUCGAGGUGUCAGGUUUUUCUGUCUGCUCAAGCAAAUCACUUUUAUCCGAUCAGCAAAUGUAAUCAGUUUUCAUUCAGUUUACUAAAGCAGUCACCCCACUACUCACAAGAUGUUUUUGUUAGGGUUAAGGUUUUGUCUUUCCUUAGUUUGUAGUUCACAUUGUUUAUUCUGUAAUUUUGGGAGCAUAUACAUUUUAGUAAGGAAUAGUGCACUUUGCAAUGGAGAUGUUAAUAUUAAGAUGUAUUUUAUUUUUUAAAUCAUAACGUGGCAAUUUCACAUGUCAAGAUGUUGCUUUCAGCACAAGUGGGUUGUUUAUAAUUAUUUAUUUGUUUACACUGACUACAGAAUUUUGAUAGUAACUAUUAUUUUCUUUCUUUCUUUCUUUCUUUCUUUCUUUCAAAUAUGCAUUAAACAGUUCUAUGUAUACGCACCAUUAUUAAGCACUUGAUAAGCAUGUCCACCACAGUGUGAGAUUAUCGUUUGCCGUUAUGUGUUAUUUCUUGGAAAACUUUUACAGUCUAACUAUAUUAGGAUGCACACUGUGAGUGUUUCACUGGCAUCUGUUCCUAGUAAUAAACCAGAGAUUGAAAUUA